AAAUUGUUUCAACCUCCUCCAGACGACACGCACGCCAAUAGCAGGCAUCAGUUCAUCCUUCAAACUGCGUCUCUUCACUUCAACUCCCACUCCCACUUACAACAACAAUUCGCCUACAAUUGUUUGCGCGCGCGCCUUCACACAGCAAACAUGUCCACCUCCCCCAUAGACUUCCGCGCCCUCACCACCACUUACAACUUCACCCCAGAAACUCAGUCCCAGCUCGCCGACCUCCUCGAUGCCUCCAUAAACGGCUCCGCAAGCGCCCAAGCCACAGCCGAUGGCCUCGACAAGCUGUGCCCCCGAAACGACGAGGCAGAGGGCUUCCUCUGGUCGCUGUGGACGCUCCUCAUCGACGUCGCCAAACGCAUCCCCCUCGACGAUGCGCGACUCCAGAGCCUCGUCGAGGUCCUCAAGGCGCUCAACGCCAAGCAGAGCGGAAGCGUCGAGAUCUGGGGGUCGCAGCACCAACUGUGGGCCGACAUGCCGCUGUUUGGCCCCGUCAUGAGAGAGGCGUGGAACGGCUCCCCUGAAUUCAACGGCUCCUCCGACCAGGCCACCAAAAUCGCCCAGUGGCUCUCCCUCAACUCCUUCGCCGCCCGCCUUCUCAGCGCUUCCGUCCAAUCUUGGACGAACUUCGCCCUAUGGGAGCUUCGCGACGGGCUAGAAGAGCCGCUAUCGACUGACGAGGCCAGAGACACAUACUUGAUCACAACCUCUGAGUGGAUUACCCAGGCCGGCAAGGUGUUGUACGACGAGACACAGAAGAGUAUCCAGCUUGAGUCACAAGCCACCCAGUCAUUAAGACCGGGCAAACUGAUUGAAGAAACCAAGCCGGGAUUCAACGAGGAGAGGUGGGGCUUUUGGAAGAAAAGAUUGGAAGAGCUGAGUGCCAACGCGAGCGCGGAGGCCAAGAAGAGGACAGAGAAGGCAUUGCAAGUGAUGAAGAGCCUGGAGGCAUAGGCUAUCUUAGAUCAACAAAAAAAUAUACAUGGAUAUUUCUCUCC